AUGGGGACUCCAGGUGGCAAAUUGGAGAUUUUUGUCCAAGCUGUCUACAAGGCCUGGCUGUGCUCAGAAUACUUCAGCGUGACCCAGCAGGAAUGCCAGCGCUGGGUGCCCUGCAAGCAAUACUGCCUGGAGGUACAGACCCGGUGCCCCUUUAUACUCCCUGACAAUGAGGAAAUGGUGUACGGAGGGCUCCCUGGCUUUAUCUGUACAGGGUUGCUGGAUACUUCGCCAAAGCAGCCGGAAACCAAGUGCUGUGACGUGCAGUGGGUCUCAUGUGAGUCGGAGAAGAAGAAGUUCAAGGAGUCAGAGGCCCCCAAAACCCACCACCAGCAAUUCCACCACUCUUAUUUCCACCACUAUCAUCAACAGUACCACCAUUACCAUCCCCGCCACGAUCCCCCAGGUCGCAUCAGCUACAAGCCCUCCCUGCUGCCAGUCUCUGGAGGCUCCCACCUGAGCCCCAGCAGGAUCCGGCUCUGUGUCCUUGUCCUCAUGCUCCUCCACACCAUGGUGUCCUUCUCCAGCAACCAGGGUGGUGGGGGACUCGGGCUGGAAGCACUACCUGCCCUAGAAGAGGGCCUGACACAGGAAGAGUGACAGCGAGGCGGGAGAACAGACCACCACACACUGAAAUCAUCUCUAACCCUCCCCUCCCCAGACGGGAGGGAGGGGGCUCCUCCCUUGGGAGGCGUAAGAACAAGUGAGGGGGCUGGGGGAAAUGGGGGGGCUACACAUCCCCCAACCUAUCCCCCAAAGCAGCUCCAACAGAAUGAACAGAGGGGCCCAGGGAGUUGCAAAACCCAUCUGGGAGGAAAAUGCAAGAGCAGCAGGCGCCUCUGCCCAGGGCCCCAUUAAUGGGGCUUAGCAAAAAAAGGGAGUGAGUAGGGCCUGGAAACGCCCGCCCCUGCUGAGAGCCCUGAUCCUGGGAAAGGAGGCUGCUCACUCAGCCUUGGCCCUGAAGAGAAUGUCAGGGGGCACAGAGGGGAGACACACUUUCCCUCCUCCACAUUCCUUUUGUUGCCAAGAUCCUUAAUUCCCUCCUGCCCAUAUCCCUACAGGCACCGGCAGACAGUGCAAUGCACAUGCUCCUACUUCAGCACAUCUUGCCCUGAGUGGAUAGGCAAUGAGGUGUGCCCAAUUGGAGCUAGGUUGGGGUCUUACUUAAACUGUGCCCCAUCUUCCUAUUAAUUAAGGAUAGGAAUAGCGUGUGAAUAAAUGGUAAAAGAACAUGGAGAACAGGAAUGGGGAGAGAAACAGAGAGAAGUGGACAGAGGUCUUGGAAAGAGGGGCUAUAUAGCCAAAUGGGCUUUUGCCUCCUGUUUUGGAUUAAGUGGUGUUUAGUGUUGAAUCAAGCAGGCUCAAGGAGAGCUCCCCAUCACAGAAAGAUGCAUAGGAGCCCACUGGGGAAAGAGUAUAGAAACUGAAUUGUUGGGCCUUUAUAUAGAAUGCUGAGGCUACAUGGUCAGACUGCCGCUAUCUGAAGGGCCAUAUCUUACAGAAGGUGCACAUAUACCCAAGGGCCUCUCCUUCCCAGGAGAUCUUGGCCUUGAGGCCAAAGAAGUUUCCAUUUCUGAUCUCCAUAGGGAAGGGGGACUUAAGCCCAAGUGGAUCAGGCCUGGCCUGGGUCUCCACACUCCCCUAUCUUGUUCUAGCCCAGGCCUCCAUGAAGGAGAAUCUGGUAGCAUUAUCCCAGAGCUCUCCAGAAAUGAGCCUCCUCUGCCCCUGUCCCCAGCCUACCAAAGAGUAUUCCUCCCUCCCAUUCCUAGCCUAUGGGUUACCAUCCCAAUUGCUAGAAAAAGUCCAGACACUGGUAAGAGGACCCAAGAAUAAAUUGGUGCCCCUUGAGAGACUUGCAUUUUUUUAGGCUGGAGGACUGUACAAGAGAUGAGGCAUCAAGGAAACUUUGGGGCCUUUAGUCUUGCCCUGGUGUACUGGGAGGAGGAGGCCACAUUACCUGAGAUAUUUAAAAGCCAGUAGGAGCAAAAAAGUCACUGUGAGUUGGAAUCAACUCUAUAGCAGUAAGUUAGAAACAAACAAGAAAGAGCGUUGGAACUGUGUUCCUGGGAUAGGCCUACGGUCUUUUUGUACAAGAAGGGCUUGUGUCUUUCUAGGAUGUAAUGCCAGUGGAUUAAGGGAAGAAUGUGGCCCUGGAAUUGCAUUAGCGUAAAGCCAAAGAGGGCAUAAGAAGGGAAGAGCUGGAUUCAGUUGGCCAAGGGAUAGCUGGAAGACCGCCCAAGGGAAAAAAAAACCAACAUUCAAGGUCUUAAGCUGGGUCCCAAAGGAGCGUGAGGAAUCCUUUCCCC